AAAAAAAAACCUGUUUUUGAGACAUACGUCAAAAUUUUCAGCCAAAAAAAAGAGAUAUACGUCAAAAUUCUAAAAGUUGAGAAAGAGCGGUUAUGGUAGACCGUGAAAUUAAUCGUGCUCAUCUGCUUUUUCUACUGCUUCUUCAAUCAAGUGGCGCCAGCCAUGGAGUUCAAAAAUCUGCUUUCUGUGCUGCGAAAACGUUUCCUGGCAACAUCGGCAACAUUGUCUACUAUUGCUACUACUACAAACGCUUCGCCAAACCCAUCCUUCACAGUUCACUUUUUGGUAAAUUCCUGUGGGCUUCCAUUGGAAGUCGCUAUUUCUGCCUCCAAAACCCUCAAACUCGACCAGAACAAUACCCACAAUCCCGAAUCCGUGCUCAGAUUCUUAAAGUCUCACAAAUUCGACGAUACCCAGAUAGCCAAUUUGAUCUCAAAGAGUCCCUCCAUCCUCCGAUCCAGGAUAAGUACCAAUCUCAGGCCAAAAUUUCAGUUUUUGGUCGAAAAUGGCUUCGAUGGCGAGCGUCUUCCGAAGCUGAUCAUGCAGAAUACCUUCAUUCUGCGUCGAAGCUUGGGUUCCCACAUUAAACCCACGUACGAAUUCCUUAAGAAGUUCUUGAAAACCGAGGAGAGAGUUGUGUCUUCUGUAAAGCGAGCUUCGUGGCUUUUGACCUCGGAUCCUGCUAAAUUGGUACCAAACAUGGAGCUUUUAAUCAGAGAAGGAGUUCCUGAUGAGCGCGUGGCUCACCUUCUAUCUUCUCAACCCAGAACGUUAAUGCACAAGGUGGAAAGACUGGUUGUCUGCAUCAAAACCGUGAAGGAAUUGGGUUUACAACCGAGUAGCGCAACGUUCACAGAAGCUGUUCGAAUAAUGGUCUCAAUGACCGAGUCAACAUGGAACAAGAAAAUGGAAACUUUCAAGGAAUUGGGGUGGUCUGAAUAUGAUAUUAUUCAUGCAUUUAUACGUUGUCCUUUAUGUUUAGCUUAUUCGGAGGAGAAAAUUCGGAGAGCCAUGGAUUUCUAUUUGAAGACUAUGAAGUUGGAGUUGGAAGAUAUCAUUUCCUCUCCCAUGUUGCUUUCCUUUUCCAAGGUACCAUGUUCUGAAGGUUUUGGUUUCUAUUAUUUUUGCAUUUAUGCGUGUCCCAUAUGCUUAGCUUAUUCCGAGGUGAAAGUUCGGAGAGCCAUGGAUUUCUAUCUGAAGACAUAUGAAGUUGGAGUUGGAAGAUAUAUUUCUACACCAAGGUUGAUUAACUUUUCCAUUGAGGGAAGAAUUCUCCCAAGGUACCUAGUUCUGAUGGUUUUGUUUUCUAUGGGGCUGAUUGAACAUGACAACAAACCCUUUUGGAUGUUUUACCAAUCUGAGACAGCAUUCUUGGACAACUAUGUUUUCAAGUAUGUGGAUGAGUACCACAUUUGUUGGAAAUGUAAAAUGCUGCCGAAACAAAGGCAAUUUGAUGAUGAUAUUUGAUGAAACAGAGCGAGACGCCAGACGAAUGAGUUGUGUGGGGUGAAACACAUCAUCUGUUGGGCGCAAGAGGCUUGUCUACUUCAAAUGAUAAAUGGAGAUUUGUCUUGAAUUUUUCUUCACGCUUGAAUGCAUGCAGUCUUCCUCAUUGCUAGGUGUGAUUCCCACUUUCAUUACACAAGACUUGUUUUUCAGGUUUCAAUAUUUGUGAUAUAAACUUAUGAUUUAACAAACCUGAAAAAGACGUAGAUAAUUGGGAAAAAAAAAAUGACAAAAAAUAAAUAAAUAAAAGAACAAGUACAUUUGAAUUACCAGAAACAUGGAUGAAAUUAGCUCGUUGAUCCUUCUCAAGUUCUAUGCACAACUACUCUUAGUUUUAUUUACUGCAGUUUUUGAAAUAUGAUAAACCUUGGCCCAUUCCCUUCCCUUCUGCAGUGCAUUUUGAGUUUUGGACAUGUUUUGAUGCUCAAAUUCUGCAAUGGUACUUUCACCAGGAAGUCAGCAAUGCAUCUAAGUUGUCACCGUAGCUUAUGUUAAAGAACUUUGGUUGUGGCAUUAUUACUAUUGUUGGAUUCUCCAAUUUCCACCCUACAGGGUUCAUGCCUACCCAUUUCCGUCAUUGAUCGAAAAAAUGAAACUUAAGUUCUGUUAAGUUUGGGAACAACCAAUAUUUGAACAUGCAGUCAUCAUCAACUGCUUCUAUUCCCAAGGAUUCAGGUCCAACUUUCACCACAUCACUCGUAUCCAUCAUAUUUAGGGAUUUAAGAGAUGGCAAUUUUCCUAAAGGAGGCGAAACCUUUUUAUAUGUAGUAGAUAGUUUUUUUUUUUUUUUUUUUUUUGUUUUUUUAAGAUGAAAAAUAUGUAUGUGGUAAUGACAUGUAUUAUUUGAUCAUUGUGCAUAAUAUUUCACUUCAAUCUGCUUCAUUUUGCCAAUAUUACCCCCCUUCUUAUAUAUUACCCUUUGUAUGUUUGUUAAGGACUUAAGGUGCAUUGGUGCAAAUAAGUUCCUAUCACUACCAAAAGUUUUUCACUGCCAUCCGUAUUCUUGGAAAUAAAUAAAUAAUGCUUGUGGUAAUAGUAAUGGGGACGUGAUUAGAGUUAUAUCCUUUAAGAAUUCCAUUGUAAAAAAAUUUAAAAAAUGAAGAAUCCCACUAGGAUAAUACUUUUUUAGUGAAUAAUACUAGUUAGAAGAGUGUAUAUAUAUAUAUAUAUAUAU